AUGCACUGGUUUAAAUUACUUGGGUUUUACUUAUUCCUGGUGAUAAUUGCCUCUGAAUGCAAUGAAAUAGAAUUAACUCUGCCUGAAAAAACUGACAUAGACAAAGAUUUUUGCAAAAAUGCAGGUAACGGUAACAAGAAGUUGAUUUUUUUGAGCAACAUGUCUUCCAAGACAUCUAUCUUGUUCUUCUACGGAGGAAGUUCAUGGAAAGGUCAAACAUCAGACAUGCUCUUUGUCCUUGCUGAUGAGAAUUGUAAUCCUGAAUGGGUGGGUGGGAGAUCAAGUGAAGGUGUACCGUGGUUUAUCCAUGCCCCCGGUUACGACACGAUUCAAAUUGAUUCUGUCAAUGGUAUUGCAGUCACUUCAGAUGGCUAUCCCAAGCUUGAGAUAAAAUAUCAUGGAAAUAAAGUGGAAUCUACUUUGAAAUUUGAAGUUGAAAAUGAUUUUGUUGAUAUUCAAAAAGCUGCCCAAAUAGACCUAGGAAACACACCAUGGGGAGAUGAGAAGUCAGAGCAUCAUUGUACAUUUGAAGAUGGUGGCUCUGCCGUCAAGGCCGAAAACUGGGAUUGA